AUGUUCACCAACAGCUUGGUAAACUCAACCACUCUAGUCGAAGCCACCUCGGGGUCGACAUCACAUACCAAGGCCGUCAGUUUGGCGAUGUUUACUGUGGUCAUAUAUGACUAUGUGUUGAACCUAGAUCUAGAGAUCGAUCUAGUAUGGGAAGCUGGUUUCAUUUCGGUCCUAUACGUCAUGCUGCGCUAUUUUGGGUUUCUGUGGGCAGGACUAGAAUUGAUUCUUAACCUGGAACUUCCUUUGGCACGAGAGACGUACGCUGCUACCAGCUUCGCAUCGAUAAUAUCUCUUCUAGCCACGGGACCUUCGCUUGUCUCGACGAUCGAGCGACCUAACGCCGGCACAUGCGAAUAUACCCUCCCACCAAACAGGCGCUGGUCGUGGCCCGUGGCAGCCGGAACUGUCUCCGUAUUCGAACUUGUUUUGUGCGGCUUUGCUCUCCGUUAUGCUUUGAAGCACUACAAGGCAUCCAGAUGGCGUUCUCCUACGUGCACCGCAGGGACGCUUAUGAGAGUCAUAAUUCGGGACAACAUACUCUACUUCUUUGUGGCAUUCGCCGAUUUGCUCAUAGCAGCCGUGAUAUCUGCACCGUCCCUACGCCCGCGAGGGGCCUUCAGUGACAUAUUACUUGCGUUGGAGUUUGGCUUCAACACUAUGCUUGGACCGUGGCUGGUGCUCAGUGUCCGCAAGCAGAAAGCUGAGACGACGGGAGGAGUCAAAUACUUCGACGGAGAUGCAUGGCUUACGUUUAUCUCUACGAUCGAGUAG